AAACUUUGGUUUGUUCAAGCAGAAAGCAAUUUUGAUUUAUCAGGAAUUACUAACGACCAAACUAAAUAUUACAAUAUAAUUGCAGCAAAAGACCCAGAGACUUUAUCAGCAGUUUCAGAUAUUUUGUUUAAUCCUCCAACUGCAAAUAAAUACCAUACUCUUAAAGAAAGACCUAUCGCGGAAUUUACAGACUCUGAAAGUAAGCAAAUCCGUAAACUUCUUUCUGAAUUACAAUUAGGAGACGACAAACCGUCCCAUUUAUUGAGGAAAAUGCAAACGCUGGCAGGUACAUCUUUAAAUGAGGAUUUUUUGAAAACCUUAUGGCUGCAGCGUUUACCAUCAGAGAUACAAACAAUUCUUUCCGUUAGCUCAGAGUCGCUAGAAAAUUUAGCUAAGCUAGCGGAUAAAAUAGCCGAAGUUAGAACGGAUUCCCUUCCAAAUGUUUGUGCAACGAAUAACGCCACGAGUUCGAAUCCCUUACUCUCAGCAAAAACACGAGAAAAUCCGUCAACAUCGAACCCGCUAUAUCAGGAAGUAUGUGCACUUCGCCAGCAAGUAGCUGCACUUAGCCAGCAAGUUGAAAAAUUUUCUCGCGAGAGAUCACGCAAUCGUUCUCGAACAAGAUAUAAUAAUUUUCGUAGAUAUACAUCUAGCUCUAGGGAUCGGAAAAGAUCGUCUGAAAUCUGUUUUUAUCAUUCGAAAUUCGGUCAAAAAGCUAGAAAAUGUUGUUCACCGUGUUCAUACAACAAUAACCAGGAAAACUAAAACCGGCUGUCGCUAUUACAGCG